CGGCAAAAAUUAAUGCUGUUCUUAAAGAUCUAGGUUUUGUAUGUAAUAGUGAUACAAUGUAUACAUUUUAUCCAUCACAGAUAUACUAUUAUAAAGACUCUCAAAAGCAUAUUACCAGAUAUGGUCAGAAAAGUUAUAUUGCACCAAAACCAAAAAAUUCAAUAGGUAGUUCUGAUGGAUAUAAUCAAAACGGAAGACAUCAGAAGCCAAUUCGCUCUAAAACAUACCCGGAAAAUAAUCGUUACAACAAAAACUACAAAAUUGAAAAUCAUCAUCAAAAUUCAAUAAUUAAAAAGACUUACUCAAAUCAAUUGAAUUGCCAAAAAAACAACAAUAAUCUUCAUCAAGAUAAACAGUUGCCUAUUAAAUACUGGUUAAUGAGGCACUUGUUAUUUACAAAUUUUGAUCGCGGUAUUCUUUUGGACACAGAGAGCUUCUAUUCGGUCUGUCCGGAGGUAUUAAGUUAUCAUAUAGCAAAGCGUUGUAAAAAUAACAUAGUGUUGGAUCCUUUUUGUGGAGCUGGUGGUAAUAUUAUACAGCUAGCAAAAACAUGCAAACGAGUUAUAGCAUGUGAUAUUGAUCCAGAUAAGAUAAGAUUAGCACGGCAUAAUGCUGAGAUAUAUGGUGUUGCUCAUAAAAUUGAUUUUGUAGUUGGUGACUUUUUUCAAAUUUACCCAAAGUUAAAAGCAGAUGUAGUAUUUAUGUCACCACCAUGGGGUGGACCAGGAUAUUCAAUUGCAAAAAGCUACAGUUUAACGUCUAUGUGUGACAAUUAUUUCGGGGGAGGUUUUGGUAUUUUUGAUAUUGUUAAAACUAUUGCGCCUAAUAUUGCAUUUCAUAUGCCGAAAACCACAAAUAUAUUAGAAUGUAUGUGGUUGGCAAAUGAUUUUGAUAAAGUGGAAAUUCAGCAGAAUAUUAUUAAUGGAAGACUGAAUUCAAUCACAGCAUUCUAUGGAGACUUUCACUAAAGUAUCUAUGGAGACUUUCACUCAAGUAACUGACAGUUGUCAGCGACUUUUGAAAAUAUUCUUUGCAGUUUUUGAUUAAUUAUGUUUGAUUAUUAGAAUUAAGUUAUUUCCAAAUUAUUUCAUUAUUUUAACGAGUAUUUUAUUGUAACAAAUUAAUAUAAUUGUGCGACCAUCAUAUAUUUAUUGAUAUAUUAUAAAUAUAUAAAAUGUAUAUACUGCUAAUACAACAAAAUUUUAUGUUAAAAAACUAUAGAAAAUUAAAAAUUAUA